AUGGAUAAUAAAAAUUCAAAUCAACCCACGCAAGAAUUAGAAUGUUAUGUGGAUGCUCCAGGCAACGCUGGCAUCACACAGGAUAUGGUUGAGAAAGGUACUAACGAAAUGCCUUGCGCCUCAAGACUCGAUACCCAACAACUGGGCGACGCGGGCCCAUGGCCGGUCGACCACCCCAUGCCAUGUCCUCGCUGGGGCGGCCCGCGUCCAUCUCUGCACCUAACUCUACAGCAAUACAAAGAGUUAGUUACAAAAGCAGAGGUUCUCAUCAGCCAACUCCUGGUCUCUCAUCAUUAUGACUCAAUCAACAACUUCCUCACUUUAUACCGUAACUACAAGGCCACACCGGAUCACACUUUGAAGGAAUUCUUCCCGAAAUACAACCCACCUAUACAACCCUAUAAGCAUACUUGCGUUGGUUUAGCCAUAGAAGUCAUGAAGUGUCUUAAAUCGCUUGAAACGGAUUUUCCUGGAAUAGAGCAAUCAAUUAUGGUGGUAUCCUGUGAAGAGAAUGUUGAGAAAAUGGUGGAAUAUACCACGUUGCAUCAAAGGCCACCAGAAUUUCCGAUUGUGACAGAGAAAGACCAUGUUAUGGUAGCUUGCCAUUUGCAGUUAGAUGGCAGACCUGGUUUAUUUUUAUCUGACUUGGGGUACCACGUCGCACGCCUUGUCACCGUGAUGGUAGAUCGCGGUCACCCGCAUACAGGAUGGUUCACCCAAGCAAGUAAACCGCGAUACAUCAAGGAGUUCAACUACCAGUUUUACCAGGAAAACCAAAACUACGUCGAAUGGCACGAGCGGGAGACAAAAGCUGAUAAGGUCAUUUUACAAAGGUCCCUUGUUUACGUGGAGAGAGCCUAUCUUAGUGCAAUUGAAUUUACUGAGAAGAGGAAUUUGGUUUGGGAUAUGAAGAAUCUCUUAGCACGUGGUUCAAAUGGUGCUUUGCUGGCUGGAAUCAACUUUGUAUCUAAUCGGAAAGAAACUAAGGUCACGGUAUCCUAUAUGGGUCCAGACGGUGUCAAGCUAAGAAAUAAGUUAAAUGUGGAAGUUUUCUUGAAUCUGGCCGAGAUACCGGAGAAUGUAGUACAAGAUGUGAAGGAAUGCAAUGAGCAGCUCAAUAUGGAGGAGGGCAUGUUAAUGUCCAUCCUCAACGAGCUGGCUGUCAUCAUGAGCAAUCGCAACUUCGUUUCAGAUAUGCUCGAUUUAAACGAGUUGAUAAGAGAACUUACCAUCAUAAAGAAAUAA